GGGCGCCGUAGUCAUGUGACCCACACAAUGGCUGAGAGCCUACUCCAGGCUUCCCGGCAACGCCGAGUGAAAGCCAUGACGGCCGCCGCGGGUUCGGCGGGCCGCGCCGCGGUGCCCCUGCUGCUGUGCGCGCUGCUAGCGCCCGGCGGCGCGUACGUACUCGACGACUCCGACGGGCUGGGCCGGGAGUUCGACGGCGUCGGCGCGGUCAGCGGCGGCGGGGCAACCUCCCGUCUUCUAGUAAAUUACCCAGAACCCUAUCGUUCUCAAAUAUUGGAUUUUCUGUUUAAGCCAAACUUCGGUGCCUCUUUGCAUAUUCUAAAAGUCGAAAUAGGUGGUGAUGGGCAGACAACAGACGGCACUGAGCCCUCCCACAUGCACUACGCGUUAGAUGAGAAUUAUUUCCGAGGAUAUGAGUGGUGGUUAAUGAAGGAAGCUAAGAAGCGGAACCCUAAUAUUACACUCAUGGGGUUGCCAUGGUCAUUCCCUGGAUGGCUGGGAAAAGGUUUCAACUGGCCUUAUGUAAAUCUUCAGCUGACCGCCUACUAUGUCGUGAGCUGGAUUGUGGGCGCCAAGCAUUAUCAUGAUUUGGACAUUGAUUAUAUCGGGAUUUGGAAUGAGAGGACAUUUGACACCAAUUAUAUCAAGGUGUUAAGAAGAAUGCUGAACUAUCAAGGUCUCCAGCAAGUGAAAAUCAUCGCCAGUGAUAAUCUCUGGGAGCCCAUUUCUGCUUCUAUGCUGCUUGACCCGGAGCUCUUGAAGGUGAUUGAUGUUAUAGGAGCUCAUUAUCCUGGGACCUAUACGGUAAAGGAUGCGAGGUUGACUGAGAAGAAGCUUUGGUCUUCUGAAGAUUUUAGCACCUUAAAUAAUGAUGUGGGUGCAGGCUGCUGGGGUCGCAUAUUGAAUCAGAAUUAUAUCAAUGGCUACAUGACUUCGACAAUUGCUUGGAAUUUGGUGGCUAGUUACUAUGAACAGUUGCCAUAUGGGCGAUGUGGAUUGAUGACAGCCCACGAGCCAUGGAGUGGGCACUACGUGGUGGAAUCUCCUAUCUGGAUAUCAGCUCAUACCACUCAGUUUACUCAACCAGGUUGGUAUUACCUGAAGACAGUUGGCCAUUUAGAGAAAGGAGGAAGCUAUGUAGCUCUGACCGAUGGCUUAGGUAACCUCACCAUCAUCAUUGAAACUAUGAGUCAUAAACAUUCUAAGUGUAUACGGCCAUUUCUUCCUUAUUUCAAUGUGUCACACCAGUUUGCUUCCUUCAUUCUUAAGGGUUCUUUUAGUGAAAUACCGGAGCUACAGGUGUGGUAUACAAAACUCGGACCACCAUCUGAGAGAUUUCUUUUUAAGCAACUGGAUUCCCUAUGGCUCCUCGACGGCGGCGGCGGUUUCACGCUGGAGCUGCAGGAGGAUGAGCUGUUCACGCUCACCACCCUCACCACCGGGAGCAAAGGCAGCUACCCACUGCCUCCAGAAUCCCAGCCCUUCCCACGCAUCUAUAAGGAUGAUUUCAAUGUUGCUCCGAAUUUUGCUGAUCAGACUGGCGUUUUUGAAUAUUUUAUGAAUGUGGAAGACCCUGGAGAGCAUCGCUUCACACUACGCCAAGUCCUCAAUCAACGACCCAUUACUUGGGCUGCUGAUGCAUACAACACGAUCAGUGUUAUAGGGGAUUACAAAUGGUCCAAUGUGACUAUAAAGUGUGAUGUUUACAUAGAGACCCCUGAGACAGGAGGCGUGUUCAUUGCGGGGAGAGUGAAUAAAGGUGGUAUCUUGAUUAGAAGUGCCAGAGGAGUUUUCUUCUGGAUUUUUGCAAAUGGAACCUACAGAGUUACAGGUGAUCUAGCUGGAUGGAUCAUAUAUGCUUUAGGACAUGCUGAUGUUACAGCAAAAAAAUGGUAUACACUCACUUUAUCUAUUAAGGGUCAUUUCUCCUCUGGCAUGUUGAAUGGCAAGUCUCUCUGGACAAACGUCCCUGUGAAUUUCCCAAAGAAUGGCUGGGCUGCGAUUGGAACUCACUUCUUCGAAUUUGCACAAUUUGACAACUUUUAUGUGGAAGCCACAGGCUAAUACAGAGCACCGUAGAACAUUCUUGGGAUUUUCUUUCUUGCUGUUUGGUUUUGGUUCAGAGCCAAUUCUUGUUUUGAUGGAGCAGUGUAUGAGCCUUUUGGAGGCUAAAAAUAAUGAAGAGUAAAUGAAGAGAAAAAUAUAUUUUUGCUUGAUCUGCUGGAAGAGUUUUUUAGAACUAAUUCCAAGGGGAAGCAGAUGAAUCGUUACCAUUACCUGAGUUGUCCCUUAAAUUCAAACCAUACAUUGGUCCUCUCCUUGGAAGUGGUUUCCGUGGCUCAGACCUGAAGCCUUGGUGUUAAUGCUGAGGUACCUCUUUUUCAUCUUAUUUGCAAGUGAUCAUGCAGAUGGCAAUAAGUUGAUCGUCACUGAGAUGUAUUUAUUAACGCUGACUGUGUGUUUGAGUGAGUUGAUGUCCUUGUCUGAAGAAAACGCUGCCAUGAUAGGAAGCUGAAGAACACUGGAAGUGCUGCUUUUUGAAAACCAUUUCAACGUGUUAUCCUUAACCUCUAAAACAUAUUUUUUCUUUUCCUUUUUAAGAUGAUGCUUUUGAAUAUAGAUACGAUGAUUUGAAAAAUGCGUCAUUAAUAAACUACCUCUGAAACUAUUUCUGCAAUAAUAAAUAUUAGCAGAUUUAA